AUGGCCUCAAGCCAAAUAUUUCAGUAUAAUGUUCUUAGUGCUUUGAUGCAUGGACUCUGCUCAGAUGGGUUUCCGCUAGCUCAUAUCCUUCAACACGGAGAGUAUGGCCUAGGCACAGUUGCUGGACUCGAAGGGGAGAUGCUCAUUCUGAAUGGCGAAGCUCUUCUGUUCAAGCAAGACGGCAGUGUGCGUGUCAUGAGAGAGGACGAGGUUAUUCCGUGGGCUAUGACCACCCGCUUUAUCCCAUCCGUUCAUCUAUCGGUGCACAGCCUAAAUCUUGCGAGAUUAGCCACUGUCCUAAUCGGCUUAGAUGCAUCUGGACCAAAUCAUUUCCACGUUAUACAAAUUACGGGCUUUUUUGAAUCGAUGACCUUCCGAAUCAUACCGCCACAGCAGACUCCCGACGAAACACUACUCGAAGCUUCUAAGCGACAGACCUAUCAAACAAACUAUGACCUGCAAGGUACACUAUUUGGCUUUUGGUCACCGGAGUUUACUGCCGGAAUCUCUUUGCCGGGAUUGCACCUGCAUUUCAUUUCUGCCGAUAAGCUUAUGGGUGGACAUGUGUUGGAGUUUUUUGCAUCAUCGAAUACAAUCUCUAUCGCCAGCACCAACAAAUACUCCAUUGAACUCCCAACUACCGCCGCGUUUUGCCGCGGAAAAAUACCAUGCGCUACCAACGAAGAUGUUCAUCGUGCUGAGGGAAGCGGUUAG